AUGGUUCAACAAAACCCUCCUUCCUUCCUCUCCUCCGCUCGAGAACGACUUUCUUCCAUUUCCACACACAUCAUGGGCGCCUCCAAUCCCUCCGUUUUCACUGCGGCUACCGUCGCUGCUGCUCCCGAAGAUCCUCUUUUCGGGUUGAUGAAGGCUUACCGUGAGGAUCCUUCUGAUAAGAAAGUUGAUCUGGGAAUUGGUGCCUACCGUGAUAAUAACGCAAAGCCUUGGAUCUUGCCCGUUGUCAAAAAGGCUGAUGAUGCUAUUCACAACGACCCCUCCCUGAACCACGAAUACCUCUCAAUCGGUGGUCUGGCUGAGUUCACCUCGGCCGCCCAGAAGCUCAUUGUCGGUUCCGACAGUGUUGCCAUCUCAGAGAAUCGGAUCUGCUCUCUGCAAACCAUCUCGGGAACCGGCGCCGUCCACCUGGGUGGUCUAUUCCUUUCCAAAUUCCACCCGCAAAAGCCCACCAUUUACCUCUCCAACCCAACCUGGGCCAAUCACAACCAGAUCUUCACAAACGUCGGCCUUAAGCUCGCCAACUACCCCUACUUCUCCAAGGAAACCAAGGGUCUUGACUUCGAUGGCAUGCUCCAAGCGCUGCGGGCGGCGCCGGCUGGAUCCAUCAUCCUCCUGCACGCCUGCGCACACAACCCAACCGGUGUCGACCCCUCGCAGGACCAGUGGCGCCAGAUCGCCACGCUGAUGCGCGAGCGCUCGCACUUCCCCUUCUUCGACACCGCCUACCAGGGCUUCGCCUCGGGCGACCUGGUCCGCGACUCCUGGGCGAUCCGCUACUUCAUCGAGCAGGGCUUCGAGCUGUGCGUCGCGCAGUCCUUCGCCAAGAACUUCGGUCUGUACGGUGAGCGCACAGGAGCCUUCCACUUCGUCUCUGCCCCUGGCGCGGAUGCUGCCACCGCCAAUUCCCACAUCGCUAGCCAGCUGGCUAUCCUGCAGCGCUCGGAGAUCUCCAAUCCGCCCGCGUACGGCGCCCGCAUUGCCAGCCGCGUUCUGAAUGACCCCGUUCUCUUCGCGGAGUGGGAGGAUGAUCUGCGUACCAUGAGCGGUCGUAUCCUGGAGAUGCGCAGUGGUCUGCGUGAGCGUCUCGAGGCCCGCGGUACUCCCGGCUCGUGGGAUCACAUUACCACCCAGAUUGGUAUGUUCAGUUUCACUGGCCUGUCCGAGGCCCAAGUUAAGACUCUACGCGAGAAGUGGCACGUCUACAUGACCAAGAACGGCCGUAUCUCCAUGGCCGGCCUGAACACGAAUAACCUGGAUUACUUCGCCGAGGCUGUCGACAGCGUCGUGCGCGAGAGUUCCUAG